GUGUGUGUUUGUGAUUUGUUUAAAAAAAGUGUUUGCUUCUUUCGUUGUUAGUAGUAUAGAAAUGCCGGUUUCAUCCCGCAAUAAUUAUUUCCCAAACAUAUGUUCGCUUCGUUGCGCUCAGAUUGUGCACAUUAUACCGUGGUUGAAACAUACAUUUGUACUAGGUAGUGUUUGCUUCAAAUUCAUUGAAAAUUUUUAUUUUUCUUUAUUGUUUAUCUCGAACCAUCUAAUCCAAAGUAGAGAGAAGCGAGCAGAGAAAUACAGUAUUUAAUGCUUGUUGUGCGUGUGAAAUGAGUGUUUGUUUACCUGCUUUAACGUUGUGUGUUCGCUCACUCAAACACACAUUCAAUAAUAAAGAAAGAACAUAAAACAAAAAUAAAACUUUACUUUAUUUGACGGCAAUUCUUGCAAUUCUUGCAAUUAAUCACGAUUGUUUAUUUAUCGUCGAGUUUGGCAUUGGCGCAAGUCCAGGGACAUUGUUACACAUGUGUUAUUCAUGCAGAUGAAUUACAACAUCCUAAUAAUUCAUAUUGUUUCAGGAAUAUGUAUCACAUAACACAGAUAGCAAUAGCUGGUAAAAACAUAAUGGUACCUAAAGCUUUUGUUGAACAAACAAAGGAUGUCUAUUCGCUUGAAAUAAAUUUCAAUGGUUUAUCAUCAAUCGAUGGUACGUCAAUAUGUGAAUGGCCAAAAUUAGAAUUUCUUCAUGCAGAUUCGAAUAAUUUAGAAAAACUAUCGAGCGGAAUUUUAUCGAACUGUCAACAGCUUACAAAUUUAAAUCUUCAAAAUAACAAAAUCAACGAAAUAGCCAGCGAUGCAUUUUUUGGCCUAUCGUCAUUGAAAUAUUUGGAUUUAUCAUCAAAUCAAAUAAAAUUUUUGGAUAAAAAUGUAUUUGAACACUUAAAAGUUUUGGAGGAGUUAGAUUUGCGUGAAAAUCAAAUCCAAAUAGAUAGUUCUCAGUUGUUUCAAUAUAAUAGUGACCUUAGAUUUUUGAGUUUGUACAGUAACGAUUUAAGAUACAUACCCGUUGGAUUAUUUGAUAAUUUGAACAAGUUAGAGUAUCUAUUUAUUUCUAAUAAUCCAAAUUUAAAGUCAAACAUCAUUGAUUUAAAACAUUUCGAUGCGUUAGAUGAGUUGAUGAUUGACUUUACAUCAGUGGCAACGCUUAUUCUACCGUUGAAUGUGAGAAAAGUCUAUGCAAGCAAUAGUCAAUUAUCACGAGUAGUUGUUCAGCCAAAUAGCCAAUUAGUUAAAUUGGAUAUAAAUAAUACACUCAUACAUAAUUUUGACAAUUUUAUCAACGGCACUUUGACUAAAUUAGAGAAUUUAUGUAUUACGCUAUCAUUAAAUGACAUUAGUAUUGUUGAAAUAAAAACGAAAUUUCCAUCAAUUAAAUGUAUAGGCAUAUUAGGUGCAUCAAGUGAUAACAUUGAUGAAGAAACACAACGAUUGAUAUUGGAAGCAGAACAAAAUAAGAUCGAUUUCGCAAUUACACACGAUGACACGUUCAGUCGUACAUAUUUAUAUUUCAACGAUUUUGAUUAUUAUACAGUUUAUAAGAAAUUGAAUUCAACAUCGUCAUUAAAACAUACUUUUUUAAAUAUUGGAAUAGCAACAAAUGACGAAAAAAGUAAAAAUAAAAGAAGAAAGAACUUAUAUACUUGUGCAUAAAUAAUAUUUUUUUUAUUAAAUAUAUGAUAAGAGGUAUUCCUUACACAAUAAUCAACAUGUAGAUUAAGUAGACGCAGUCAAUUGCGAUUAAUUUUUAAGUUGAAUGACCAAUUGGCCUUGGAAAAUAGUGAGCAUAUAUUAUAAAUAAUGUAGUUUUUUUAAAAGUAAAAUAGUGAUAAUAAUGGCGCAAUCAAAGUAAAAUCUACGAAAAUGACAUUUCAGUCAAUUUAAUCAAUUGCACUGUAAUUACACUGUUGUAGUUUUUGCAACUUUUUUUUCAUGACAUCGCUGAAAAUCAGUUUUUUUACUUCAACUACAACAGUGUUAUUAUUGUAUGUCAAUAAUCUGCAAAAUAGACGUAUUUAUUGAUAUCAAAUAGAAAAGCAAUGAAUGCAAUAUUGUAAUCUCUAUAGUUUGCUUUACUGUAAUUUGUUUAAUAUUCAAGAAAAUUUUCUGACAAAUUUCAAAUUCAGCAAUUUUUCGAACCAUAUAAAAUGAACUUAACGAUGAGAACUUAUAACUACUCUAAACGGCGACGAAAUGAGGACUAUUUGGAUUUUUUUGUUACAACUCACCUUGUGUGAGUUAACAACAAUUGAAGAAUGCAUAACUGAACACUAGGGGAUAACCGUGAAUUGCAGAUCGAAUAAUUUAUAAUAAUAAACGCUAUUUCUCUCUAUUUUUCACUAAUUCUGCUAGUAUUUCUACUAGUUUGUUCUAAU